GUGCCCGGUGCUGUUGUUAACAUCACAUGGACUUCCUGGUUUGUCGUGGUGGAAAGUGAUCGGAGAAAUAGUAUUGGUAUUUCCUGUUAUAUAUUGUUAACAUAUUUGCCAUAUUCGCUACUACAAUGAAAAGUGUGAUUAUAUUAGUAAUUUCAAUUGUGCACAUAUUGUCAUUUCUGGAACCCAUUGGAGGAGACAUUGCAGCCGCAGGAUGUUCGUUUCCACACUACGCUGGAUCUAAGAAGGAUUAUCCCAAACUAAAACCAUUCAUUGGAAAAAGCUACAAAGUAACUGAUCCCAAGGGAGAGUAUACGUAUACUGUUGCCAUCUGUGCUCCCGCGGGCGGGGUGGAUAAAGCAGGUGCAGUGCAGGUUGAGAAGAAGCAUCCUGACAAUGAUCCUGUUGUGCUGGGACUCUACAACAAUGCAGACAUUAUAUCUGGAACUGAUUGGUUGUACUUGGAGUACCUGGGAGGAAAAACCUACAACCGCCACUGCAGUGGGGAAGGGCGCCGCGCAGUCAUCAUGCUCACCUGUGAUGAGUCCAUUUCAGAUUUGCAAGCCCAGAUGGUCAUAUUGGAAGAAAACAAAAACAAGUCUGCUGGCUGCUACUAUCUGUUUGAGCUGAGUCAUCAGGAUAUCUGCCCAAAUAAGCCAGCCAGUAACCUCAGCCUGGGCUCCAUCUUCAUCAUAGUCAUGUUCAGUUUGAUAGCUGUGUACCUCUUCUUCGGCUUCCUGUAUCAGCGGUUUGUUCUCGGCGCCAAGGGAAUGGAACAAGUACCAAAUUACGGUUUCUGGCUGGACUUUGGCAACUUACAAGCAGAUGGCUGCAACUUUGUGUGCCGGACUGGAGAAAAUCGUGGACCACGCACGUACAAGGGGGUUGGGGAUGAUCAGUUGGACGAUAUGGAGGAGAGAGACGACCACCUGCUGCCCAUGUAGAGGGGUCGGACGGGGAGUUGGGGUGGGGAUGGGUGG